AUGGCGCCGUCGACAACUUCAACAACUUCAACCCUUAAAAACCUCGAGACCAAUCCUCAAAACUCGCACAAUACCCAGGGGAUGGAGGAAAACAAGGAAACUCCUGAUUCUGGGGGUGGCGAUGAACUCCCCGGUGACACUAGCCCCAGCGGCUUCACUUUGUUGAUGACCGUCGCAGCUCUAGCCAUGAGCAUGUUCCUGGUUUCCUUGGAUAUGACAAUUGUCGCAACGGCGAUUCCAAAGAUUACGGAUGAAUUCGGCGGAAUUAAGGACGAGGGAUGGUAUGGCUCCGCGUUCUUUAUAACUCUGGGGAGCUUCCAAGCUGCAUGGGGAAAGGCAUACAAGUACUUUCCACUGAAGAUAUCGUUCUUGGUCUCCAUUUUCAUUUUCGAAGUCGGAAGUCUGAUCUGCGGUGUCGCACCUAGCAGCCUUGCACUGAUCAUUGGGCGGGCUAUUACGGGCGUUGGAGGCGCUGGCAUUUCCUCGGGCGCAUUUACCAUCAUCGCUUUAUCUGCGCCACCGAAGCAGCGUCCGGCAUACAUUGGAAUCCUAGGUGCCUCUUACGGGAUUGCCGCAGCUAUCGGUCCUCUAGUUGGAGGUGCCUUUACUAGCAAUGUUACCUGGCGAUGGUGUUUCUAUAUCAAUCUCCCUAUUGGCGGACUAGCAGCCGGUAUUAUUUUACUGUUCUACCGCGCCCCUCCGCCCCUGCCAUUCCUGGGUGCAUCAUUCAAGGAGAAGCUACUCCAAAUGGACCUAGGUGGUACCUUAUUGCUGGUUUCGGCUAUGGUCUGCUACGUUCUCGCUCUGCAGUGGGGUGGAAUUUCACUGCCAUGGAGUGACUCCAAGGUUGUUGGCACUUUGGUUGGAUUCGGAAUACUGUUGAUCGUCUACGGUAUUGUACAAUGGCUACAGAAGGAGCGGGCAGCAAUGAUUGGACGUCUUUUCCGGCGAAACGUGGUUAUCACCAUGAUUUAUAUCGACUUACUGGCAGGAACCUUUUUCCUGCUAGUGUACUAUCUACCCAUCUAUUUCCAGGUUGUGUCUGGUGUAUCUGCUGCUCAAAGUGGAAUCAGGAACUUGCCUUUGAUCCUUGCUCAGAGUGUUGCCACUGUGGUGUCAGGUGUGACCCUCAGCAAAUAUGCAUACCCACAACCCUUCCUCCUAGCUGGGGCGGCACUCACAGCGAUCGGCUCAGGCUUGCUUUACACACUAGAGAUCAAUACCGGAUCUGGCAAGUGGAUUGGGUAUCAGCUACUGGCUGGUAUUGGUAUUGGAUGGUGCUUCCAGGUUCCUGUGGUGACUGCACAGGCAUCCGUUAACCCGGAAGACUUACCGUCCGUGACGGCCAUGGUGUUGACCGUACAAACACUCGGAGGGUCGGUCUUUGUCAGCGCUGGUCAAUCGGCCAUGGUCAAUGUUCUUCUCAAUGUUCUCCGUGGAGAGACUUCGACCGUUGGUGCCUCCAAAGUUGCGAUGACAGGUGCAACUGAGCUGCGUCAAGUGUUCUCUUCUGAGCAAAUGAACUUUAUACUAAGCGCAUACAUGCAAGGUCUUCAGGCAGCAUUCCUUGUGGCCGUUGUCGCAUCUUGUUUGGCUACCGUGGUAUGUAUGGGGGCACGAUGGGCGAAGCUUUCGGGGGCGGCUACUGUUGCAUCAGUAGCUUGA